UGCAUUAACCACAUCAUCAUUCAACUCGCGAUGCCAAAGCUCGCUGUACCACCACUGUCAUCCGGCCCUUCCCGUGUCAUCAAUACCGGCUCGCAUCAUCCUCGAUCCAUACCCUCGAGAUGCGCCUCUUCUCAUCUCCGACCCCUCGCAAGCGCCCAAGCCCGUCAUGACAUCUCCCUAUCGCGUUCAUCUCCAAACGCUCUACCGCCCUUCAAAUUCAAAUACUCCCUGACUGAUGACCUCAACCCGAAGAACCAAAACGAUCACAAACCUCCCGAUGAGCGGAUCCUAAAGCUGGGAAAGACGUUACGGAUCCUCUCCCCCCUUCUCCCGACAAUCCUCGUCAACCCUCUCCCGCCGCAUAUUCUCUCCCCAAGCGUGACAUUACAUCUUUUCCCGUCAACUCAUCCGCACCUCCCAACAGUCAAGGGACGGACACUCUACCGCGCGGCUUUAUGGGCAGUCCCGGUGGCAUGGAGCAGCGUCCCAUUAGUUGGGAACGUAAAGUUGCAAAUCCUAAGUGAACGGAUCGUGCGCGCCGGAACAGUCCCGGACCCGCAUCUCAACGCGCAUGGCAACUCGCAAGGCGGAAAUGGGGACUGUGGAGAUGAAAGACUUGUUGUGCGAUGGCGGACAGAGCGGACUCAUUCAUCGAAUACACCGUUUCCGUCCUCAACACCAGGGUCGGGGUCUUCCUCUGGAUCGGAAAGGCCGGAUACGGGUGCAGGGAACGCCGUAGGUAGCGACGGCGAAUCCAAGACCGGAACGAAUAAAGGUCUCAGCGUCCUAUUAGGCGGCGAUGCACCCAUCUUCAAAUUAUCCAGAGAUGACGAGUUUACGGGGCUUUUCAUCUUCUCAUUUGAUGAAGAAGGCCGUGUCUUAACGCAGACGAUCGAGCAUGCCGAGGACGCGAGCGGAUGGGAGCGCACAGCUAAGUUUGUUACCCUUACAGAUUGGUUGAUUGGGAAAGCGAGGGGGUCGUUAGAUCCUGCUCCGCCAGCGGGAUUGCUAGGCUGCUCCGAGUUUGGUUUAAACGGCUCUUCCGCGCAUAGUCGGGAUCAUGAGCGAUAUCCCGAACACCAUCACAAGGGAAAUAGCGACAGGAUGUCAGAGGCGUCAUCGUUAUAGUUCACUCUUUUCAGUCUAGGUUGGGGAGAUACGGCUAGAGUUAAGGAGUUGUUUGUUGUAUUUUAUCUGGAAAAUCUCCUUUCUUGGUGGAUGUUAUGCUUUUUUUAGGAUUGUAUAAUAUUGCACAUGUCUAUACCCCGAUGAACGAUUCAUGCGACACAUCUGACAAUAAUAACACAACUGGCCAGCAGUGGCAUUGAUUCAAUUUCAGAGUAAUAUAGGGUAGGGCAUAUAUUAUAAGUCGCCCUCUGCUGGGUGUUCAAAGGCAGAACACCAGAUAUAGUACAUCUAUUUACGUCUGCUUAACCCCAAGGUCAUGGGCGACCGAAGGCGCUUUCAGCCCUACAAAAACGCCCACGCACACCCCAGUCAUGACUAUACUUCCAGUGAAAUAUGCAACCUCUCUCCCAACCCACCAGAACAGUGAGCAAAACAGUAUUGGUCCCGCCGCACGUCCA